GAUGAGGGAUUUCCAAGCUCCUAGGAUGCUCCUGCACACAGCCAGCGCACUAAUCAGAUCGAGGUUUGGUACUGUUGUGCAGCGAUGUUCUUUUCUUACACAACAUGGGUACCUCCUGCCUCAUGUCUUACCCCGCUUAAUCAUGACCCCACAAUCCCGUCUGUACAUAUCAUCCGCUCGUUCUCCUUUCAUUCUGACCUGACUGCAGCCGUUCUUGCACAUUCGUUACAAUGGCGCUCUCAGAGAUCUUGAGCAACUGCUCAGCUCAGGCAAUCGUGUUCCCGACGAUUUUUGGCGCCAAAUUCUUGUCUGUACAAGCUUCCCUCGUGCAAAACUACUCCCUGAGCAUCCUUGUCGAGGACUACCGGCUUUACCGCGACGAUAACUUUGGCAGGAACAUGAGCUUCUGCAACGUCACUCUCUCCCAUACACAUCCAGGACAGGACGACAUCGCUAUUUCGCAGGUCUGGCUACCAGUCCAGCCAGAAUGGAAUGGGCGACUCAAGAUGGUAGGGGGUGGUGGAUGGAUUGCUGGGCUGGACUGGUUCACCGAUCUUACUAUGUCUGUCGCCGUAGCGGAUGGCUAUGCGACAGUGACCACAAAUGGUGGCGUCUCUCUUGAUGGUCCAGAUGAGUGGGCGCUACUGAGUCCAGGUAAUCUCGACUUGCUGGCUCUACAAAACUUCGCCUACGUGACCUUGAAAGACGCCGCGUUAGCCGCUAAGAGUGUCAUCAACAGCUUCUUCGGACGACUAGCAAGCUUUUCGUACUUCGACGGAUGCUCACAAGGAGGGAGACAAGGGCUCAUGUUCGCUCAGCGAUACCCUGACAUAUUCGAUGGCAUCCAGGCUGCAGCUCCAGCAAUCCAUACCGAAUUCAUCAUUGCCGCACAUUUUCCACAGCAGGUCAUGAACGAGAUGAAAGAGUAUCCACAUCCCUGCGAGAUCGAUGCCUUGACCAACUUUGCUAUCGAGUCGUGCGACGGUCAUGAUGGACUUCUCGACGGCAUCAUUUCAGAUGAGGACGCUUGUUGCUUCGACCCAUACACUGCUGUCGGCAGAGACCUGAACUGCAGCUCGCCUUCCGCCCCAAAGACCAUAUCAAAUUUUGCAGCGAUUGUCGCCGAUGCAGCUUGGAACGGUGCGCGCAGGGCUGAUGGAACGUUCCUCUGGCACACCAUGGGUCACCAGACUAACCUCACCAAAUUAGGCGGUCUUGCAAGGACAGUUUGCUCAUCCAAAGGGACUUGCAUUGGCGUAGGAAGCCCCUUGCUGACAACCGCGAUCCGGUUGUUCGUAAAAAAAGACCCCGGCUUUGAGGUGGGCAGUUUGUCUCGUCGAGAAUACGAACAGGUCUUCCGAGCAGCUAUUGUCGAGUUUGACUCAAUUAUCGGUACAAGGUCACCGGAUCUGUACGAGUUUAAAUUAUCAGGAGGCAAGAUGCUCACAUACCACGGUCUUGUAUGUGGCUUGACGCUUCGUGGGUUCAAGGUUGACAUGUUCGUAGGCUGAUGACAUCAUCCCAUUUCGAGGUUCUCGUCAAUACUACGACGCGGUGACGGCCAUCCAUCCUGAUGUGCAUGACUUCUAUCGUCUCUUCGAAGCCCCCGGUCUUGGCCAUUGCGCGGGUGGUGUGGGGGGCUAUCCUGCCAGGUCGUUCGAGGCAUUGGUCGAUUGGGUGGAGAAUGGGAUUGCGCCGGACGCGCUUCAGGCUAUCGACAUCACCAACCGCACAAGCCUGCUCUGUCCUUAUCCCAACAGGGCCUUAUUCACUGGCGUUGGACCCGAGUACAGCGCAGUAAAUUUCG